GAUUCAACACCCGCACACACCUUAACAAAAACCCGUCCGACUAGGCCUACGUUAUUAAUCUCAUGGAAUAAUACCUUUGAGACAGAAUUAUGUUUCAAUAGGCGUUUGAUGGACGUUUGACAUUUGGUAAGUCGCAUUUAGCCUUAACCCUAACCCCUAACCCUAACCCUAAACCCUAACCCUAAACCUAACCCUUACCCUAACCCAAAGACACCAUUGCUGUAUAAAUCAUCUGCAAACUAUUAUAUUUGUUUUUGUAGGCUCUAUAGCUAAAAUAAUAUUGACUGAACUUAACAUUUACGAAUUUACUGUUGUAAUACUAUCCUAAAGUCAGAACUUAUUGAUUGAAUUCCCCUGCAGGUUUUUGUAUGGGGCUGUAGCACAGUGAUCGGCUUUUCGGUAAUGCCAUCACUCUCGACGUUAAAUUUGGAGAUGAUACUCCUCAUGUCGCCCCCACCCUGUCUAUCCUCCGCCCGAUGUUGGGCGAUAUGGAGGGCCCGCAGGUCUGCCUGGCAACCGGAUUCUACCCGGAUAUAUCGAACAGAGUGCUCCUUAACCCGCUUAAGGAUAUCACCAAUCAACUUUUGAUAUCCCCCAGGAGCAAAUCAUACACCUAUGCUACAUUUUCCAAAGGAAGUAUCAUCAGUAGUUGUUCAGUGGAAGGUGCAGAUAAUGAGGCAGUUCCGACAAAUGCCAACCCAACAACUGCCUACCUAACAACUAGGUCUACCCCAGUAACCGUCAACACAUCAUCAGCCCACAAAUUAGAAAAUCACACCGAAGUCUUCAACGCAGAACCCUCCGACAAUAACAGGCUGAGCUCGUACUACCUGCUGAUAAACGGCCUGCGACACAUCCUGACCAAAACCCUUGUUCUCAACGUGCUGGUGGUCCUCCGAGGUCUGCUGGCCUAGAAGACCACCGCAGGGCACACAUGGACACAUUGGUUGGAAAUAUACUCCAUCAUGCCGUAAUCAUGAUCAGGACCUGAAUCUGAUUCUUUAAAGAGGUCAGGAUGUGGAUUAAGGAUGGAUAGGCAUAUUGUUGUGGUGUAUAGUAGGCCUAAGUAAAUUGUAAUUGACAAUUGAGAAUUUGAAGAGAAAGGAUUAGGAUAUAGUAAAAAUCACAUUAAGGCUUCAUUGUGGUGAUGUUUAUUUUUUCACUUUCGUUUUAUUGUCUGUACAGUCUGUAUGUAUUCCUUUCUUAUUUGUAAAGCGUCUUUGAGCAUUUAGAAAAGCACUGUAAAAAAAAGAUCAAUUAUUAUUAUUAUUAUUGUUAAACUCAAGCAGCCAGCACCUGUUCAAUCUAUCGCUGGGACCGGUUGAAGCUUGAUGGUAUCAGAUAGAUGUGGACAGCUGGGGAAUGAGAAGAAGAGAAAUUUGAAGCAUGAGGUAUAAUAUGUAAUGAAUAAUAACAAUUUAUAGUCUACUGAUUGGACAAACCCCUAUCAUUUAAAUUAAUAUGGUGCACAAACAACUUUGGCCCUUGGGCCAAAAAUAAAACAAAGUUGUUACACAUGUAUUUCUGGGGUCUUCUGGAGGCUUAAGAAGGCUGCUUGUCUGUCUUCUCUUGUUAUCUUGGUGUCAGUCGUGGUGCUUGUUAUUAGUGAGGAAAACCACAUUUUUACUGAAACUUGAAACCAUGGCAACAGAGGAAAUCCUCCAUGCUGAUUACGAUCUAAUAUUCUCUGACAGUUUGUUGAGUAUCGGAAUAUCUGCCCGCAAAGCUUUAAAACGAGGCUGUCAUUGACAAGCACGAUGCUCAUAAGUCACUUAUGUAUAGAGUUUUAUAGGUUUUUUUUUUGUCAUUAUGUGUAACAUCCACAACCUGGAGAAAUCGAUCAUGUACUGCUGAAUUGGACGUCUUGUUUUUUGGUUUUUCACUUGCAAAAUAUAAAUAAAAAAAGGUUUUCACAGCCCACACCAGC